UCAUUAUUUGGGAAACCAUCUUCAUCAAAACAUUAUAUUUACUUUUCUCUAGCCUGGUCAUCCCCAAUGCAUCCCAAUGGAAAUUGGACUGACGCUAAUGGCCAAUAAAAGCCCCAGAGCUCCUGAGAUCAUAAGAAUUCUGGACUGGGAGGACAACGAAGACCACUUCAUUAUGGUCAUGGAGCGUCCCAUGCCCUGCAUGGAUUUAAGAAAUUUCUUAAAGCUCCACGGAGAGCGUCUCGAUGAGGAGACAGCACGAAAGGUCAUGCAGCAGGUCACCGAAGCCGCUAAUGUUUGCAUCAAGCGUGGUGUCUUUCAUCGGGACAUAAAAAUGGAGAACCUGCUGUUAAACCAGGACACCAUGGAGGUGAAACUCAUUGACUUCGGGUGCGGUGUGCAAAUAAAGAGAUUUGGCUAUGAAGUCUUCAGUGGUAUGUGUUAUGAACUGCUCUGUUAAUUAUCUCACAGAACUGCAUCCUAUAAUAGUCAACAUGAUGUGGAAAUGUGUUGAACUGACAAACUGUCUUUUCUCC